AAAUCUGAAUAAUACAAAGUUCCAUUUUUCCAAAAGAUAUAUAAAAAUAAAAAUACGGAUGUAUAUUUGAGGCCGAGAAGCAGCGAGAACAGAGAGCUAAGCCAGAGAAGCUGUUUCGUUAUCCCUAAAUAACACCCAUUCACAACUCAACUAGUGAGCGAGGGAAAGACUCAGACCACUAACAUUAAACCAAGAAAAUGGCGGCAGAGACUGUGAAAUUAACGGUUUCACUCUGCAGCUUCAAUGGGUCUCAAAGAAGAGGGAAUUCUCCUUCUACCCCAAUUCGGUUUCUGGGUCUCCCUCCGCGAUCUUCAGUCUCCGCUUCUUCAAUCUCUUCUUCGCUUUCUCAUUUCCUGGGAAGUGUGCGUAUUGGCUCACGGUCUUCUAAAGUCUCCAUUUCACGUCAACAACAGAGGAGCAGAAACUUUUCUGUCUUUGCAAUGGCCGCUGAAGAGGCAAAGCGUUCAGUACCUUUGAAAGAUUACCGCAACAUUGGAAUUAUGGCUCACAUAGAUGCUGGAAAGACCACUACAACUGAACGGAUUCUUUACUAUACAGGAAGAAACUAUAAAAUAGGAGAAGUACAUGAAGGGACAGCUACAAUGGACUGGAUGGAGCAAGAACAAGAAAGAGGGAUCACAAUUACUUCUGCUGCAACCACCACAUUCUGGAACAAACACCGCAUUAACAUUAUUGAUACUCCUGGCCACGUUGACUUCACACUCGAAGUGGAACGAGCACUCAGGGUAUUGGACGGUGCUAUCUGCCUAUUUGACAGUGUUGCUGGUGUGGAACCACAGUCUGAAACUGUAUGGAGGCAAGCUGAUAAAUAUGGAGUACCUAGAAUUUGUUUUGUCAAUAAGAUGGAUCGCCUUGGAGCAAACUUUUUCCGAACAAGAGACAUGAUAAUUACAAACUUGGGUGCUAAACCCCUUGUUAUUCAACUUCCAAUUGGUGCAGAAGAUAAUUUUAAAGGAGUUAUUGAUCUUGUAAAGAUGCAAGCUAUACUUUGGUCAGGGGAAGAAUUGGGUGCAAAGUUUGAAUAUGCUGAUAUCCCAGCUGAUCUUGAAGAGUUGGCUCAAGAAUACAGAGCACAAUUGAUAGAGACUAUAGUUGAGUUGGAUGAUGAUGCUAUGGAAAAAUAUCUAGAAGGAGCUGAACCUGAUGAGGAGACAAUAAAAAAAUUAAUUAGGAAGGGCACAAUUUCCAGCAAUUUUGUGCCAGUCUUAUGUGGCUCUGCUUUUAAAAACAAGGGGGUUCAGCCAUUGCUUGAUGCUGUUGUUGAUUAUUUGCCUUCCCCUCUCGAGUUGCCAGCAAUGAAAGGGUCUGACCCUGAGAACCCAGAAAAAACAAUUGAAAGGACCGCCAGUGAUGAUGAACCAUUUGCUGGAUUAGCCUUCAAGAUCAUGAGCGAUCCAUUUGUAGGAUCCCUCACGUUUGUGAGAGUUUAUGCAGGGAAGCUAUCUGCGGGAUCUUAUGUACUGAAUGCAAACAAAGGAAAGAAGGAGAGAAUUGGAAGACUUCUUGAAAUGCAUGCUAAUAGUAGGGAAGAUGUUAAGGUGGCUUUAGCUGGUGAUAUUGUUGCCCUUGCAGGUCUAAAAGAUACCAUAACUGGAGAAACACUAUGUGAUGCUGAUAAUCCGAUUGUGCUUGAACGUAUGGACUUCCCUGAUCCUGUGAUCAAGGUUGCAAUUGAACCCAAGACCAAGGCUGAUGUUGAUAAGAUGGCAAAUGGUUUGAUCAAACUUGCUCAAGAGGAUCCUUCUUUCCACUUCUCACGAGAUGAAGAAAUCAACCAGACUGUUAUUGAAGGAAUGGGGGAAUUGCAUCUUGAGAUCAUUGUGGAUCGCCUAAAGAGGGAAUUUAAGGUGGAAGCUAAUGUUGGUGCACCCCAAGUAAACUACCGUGAGAGCAUUUCCAAAGUUGCAGAAGUGAAGUAUGUGCAUAAAAAACAGUCUGGUGGACAAGGACAGUUUGCUGAUGUAACAAUACGAUUUGAGCCCAUGGAGGCAGGCAGUGGAUACGAGUUCAAAAGUGAAAUCAAGGGAGGUGCUGUGCCUAAAGAAUAUAUUCCUGGAGUAAUGAAAGGAUUAGAAGAGUGCAUGUCUAAUGGAGUGCUGGCAGGUUUCCCUGUCGUUGAUGUACGUGCUGUAUUAGUAGAUGGUUCUUACCACGAUGUCGACUCGAGCGUCUUGGCAUUUCAACUGGCAGCUAGGGGAGCUUUUCGGGAUGGCAUGAAGAGAGCUGGCCCAAAGAUGUUAGAACCUAUAAUGAAAGUGGAAGUGGUCACACCUGAAGAACAUUUGGGAGAUGUGAUUGGUGACCUUAACUCAAGGAGAGGUCAGAUCAACAGUUUCGGUGAUAAACCUGGUGGUCUGAAGGUGGUUGAUGCCCUUGUUCCACUGGCAGAGAUGUUCCAAUAUGUUAGUACCCUUAGAGGAAUGACAAAAGGCCGUGCAUCGUACACAAUGCAAUUAGCCAAGUUUGAUGUUGUUCCUCAACACAUUCAAAAUCAGCUUGCUGCAAAAGAGCAAGAAGUUGCUGCGUGAAUCCUGUGAGAGAAUCCUGUGAGAGGUGGCAUUAUUAUAAAUUUUUGUGAAGUUGAUACUGAAUGAUUCGAGGAACCAGUUUUGAUUUCAUCUGUACUCACUUCAGAUAUAAAAUGCAAACAAAUUUAGUCGAAAAGAAUUGACACACAAUUUUGUGUCCCAAACAUGAUUGUUGAUUCUGUAAAAACUGUAAGAGAAGAUCAAAUUAUGUAAUAACCUUCCAUGAUAUUAGCCGCAGCCAACUCCGGAGAGAAAUUUACAACUGGGUCUUUUAUACUUUUUCUUCAA